CGUUGAUAUAUGCAUUAUACUCGAACGAAGAAACUGUAGAAUGAAUGUUCCGCUUCUCGAGCAAGCGACACUACGAUGACCAGUUGAUCGCGUCCUAUUCGUCAGCUAUUCGUUCGUAGACAAACAACAUGAUAUUCCUUGACGAACAUGACUGCUGCUUUCAUUCUUCGAUUAACCUUCAAUUGGUCGUCAGACAACCAGCAUGGAACCACUGAAUUUCGACAUUGUCGACAAUGAUGAACUUCUCGCUGAGGCAUUGGCAAUCCUCGACAGUAUCGACGUCAAUCGGCUUGGGGCUGCUGCUCCAGAGUCGCCUCGUGUCGCUCAAGAGAUACCAGAUGAAAAAGCUGCUGCGGACGAUCUGCUCAAGACCGCAAUUGAAGCUGUUCAUGCCGCCUUCUCACACAACGGAUUGAACAGCUCACGUGUUCCUACAGCGACGACAAUGCUUCAGGAACACAAGCCUAUUGCACCUGAACAACUCCACGACAACCAAGAUGAAAUUCCAAAUGUGAACCACCAGCUAACAAGAUCUCCCCUUCGUGUACAAACCGAAACGGGCAGUACAGAGGCGAUGGCCCCAACAAGUCAAAGCAGCGGUGGCGGCCGCAUCCGUAUGCGCGAACAAUUGAUACAGCUCCGUUUGGUUGUUCAGAAGAUGGAAAACCAUCUUGAAACUCUGAGAAGCCCACGCUCCCCUCGAUUCGGCACCCACGCGAAUUACCUCGAGAACGAAGAAGUUGUGAGAAAUCCAGUUGUCGAUGAAAACGACAGGAAUCGUAAGAAUGUUCCUGAACAUGGUAGUGAUAUUACAGCUGAAGCGGCAGUAUGGCGCAACAUUGCAAUGCAGCAAUUUCGAGCGCGCCGCAAGGCGGAGCAACAGAAUGUCGAGCUACGAAAAAACCUGGCGACACAGAUACAACUCUCGAAGCAAGUAGAAGAUCUGCUUCAAGCGCAACCACCACAUCCCGUAAGUACUACUGGUAAGAAACAACAUGAUUUAUUGCCACGACGAAGCUUACUAUUAUUUUGCGAUUCUUGCUUAGUGUGAAAGAAUUUGCUAGAUGUAGUGGCAGAACCAGCUCCGCCUUUGGAACGAGAAGGAACGUCAAUUUGCAAGCGCCAUGACAGCCAGAAUUAUACGUUUUGAAGGAAUCAGUGAGAAGAAGGACGUCCUGGUACUAGACAUAUUUCAGACAUCCACUAGAGAGCACAUGCCAAAGUUUCUUUGAAAAGUUGCUUUUUCUUUGCAUUACGUUCCUAUGAAAGCAAACAAUUCCAAUGUUUUGGUAAAUGAG